AUGCGUCUCCCAGCUCCAGAGUACAAAACGAUCCAGCCAGCACAGACGCACCAGGUGACUAUCAUCUUUCUCCAUGGUCUGGGGGGCGAUAGAGGAGGCAUCUUUGAAAAGCACAUCACCACCACCCUCGCCCCCGCUCUCCCUUCAGUCAAAUGGAUCCUCCCCCUCGGCCCCAUAAGACCCGUCACCUUCCGCCAAGGCCUCCUCGAAUCAGGAUGGUUUGACGUCCCCCAGCUCGCUACGCCUGACAAGCCUGUGGUCGAGGACGGCGAGGGCCAGCUCGCUUCUCUCCAAAGCAUCGACCUGAUCAUCCAAGACGAGGUGGAUAGGGGUACGCCGGAGAGCAAGAUUGUGUUGGGAGGGUUCAGUCAGGGUGCGAUGAUCUCGUUGUUGGGGAGUGUUGUGCUGGAGAGGAGGUUGGCGGGGAUAGUGGCGCUGAGUGGGAGGUUGCCGCUUAGUGAAAGGGUUGAUGAACUUAAGAGUGUACAUGCCUCAGGAACUCCCAUAUUCGUGGCGCAUGGCAAAGAAGAUGCAGUCGUGAGCUACGAAUUCGCUGAGAGAGCCGUCGACAUACUCUCCAAAAUCGGUCGACCCGUCCUUCCCCAGGGAUCAGUCUUCGUCCGGCCGAGUAUACGGUUCACCUCGUACCCUGGCUUGGGCCAUACUUACAGCGAGGAAGAGCUCCUCGAUUUGAUAGAGUGGUUGAGAGAGUGUUUGCAAUGA